GAAUAUUUGCCUCUUUGUUUUCUAGAGUACUACAUAUUUCUCAUAGAACAUGCAGUCAUUUCUGAUUGAUUCUACACGUGUAUAUUUUUUGUAAUAGCAUGUAAAUAAACAUAUAUAUGUGACUUAUUAGUAAUAGUUAUUUUAUAAACAGAAGCAUUGUUUAAUCAAAUUUUAGUUAAAUUGGUAAUUCGUUCUGAAAAUAAGGUUUUUAUAUUUUUUUCAUUCGUAGUAAUAUACAUAAAUCAAUUAAAAUAUUGUGAUCUAAUAUUGAAGAAUGGCUGGAAAUUUUUGGCAAAGCUCUCACCAUCAACAAUGGUUACUUGACAAACAAGAUUUAGUACGAGAGCGACAGCAUGAUUUAUCUAUUUUAACAGAAGAAGAAUAUCAAAAGCUUUUUAUCUUUUUUUCCAAUCUUAUUCAAGUAUUAGGUGAACAAUUAAAAUUAAGACAGCAAGUAAUUGCUACUGCGACAGUAUAUUUUAAAAGGUUCUAUGCCCGUAACAGUUUAAAAUGUAUUGAUCCUUUAUUAUUAGCUCCUACGUCAGUCUUCUUAGCUUCAAAAGUUGAGGAAUUUGGAGUUAUUUCUAAUACAAGGUUAAUAACAACUUGUCAAACAGUAGUAAAAAACAAAUUUAAUUAUGCAUACUCCCAAGAAUUUCCAUAUCGUACAAAUCAUAUUCUUGAAUGUGAAUUUUAUCUUUUGGAGCAUUUAGAUUGUUGUUUAAUUGUAUACCAACCAUAUAGACCUCUUUUAAUUCUUAUUCAAGAUGUUGGACCAGAUGAUCAAUUAUUAACAUUAGCUUGGCGUAUUAUAAAUGAUAGUUUACGUACAGACGUAUGUCUUCUUUAUCCACCAUAUCAAAUAGCCAUUGGAUGCUUACAAAUUGCAUGUGUAAUAUUACAAAAAGAUCUCAAAUCAUGGUUUGCGGAAUUAAAUGCAGACAUGGAAAAAAUUCAAGAAAUAGCUCGUUACAUUAUAAAUUUAUAUGAAUUGUGGAAAACGUAUGAUGAAAAGAAGGAGAUACAGGGGUUAUUGUCUAAAAUGCCUAAACCAAAGGCGGCACCACAGCGCUGACAUCCAGUUCCUUCAGCAUCGAAUAUGUGGGAUUGAUGCUAAAAAGUGUUGCAUAUUAACCAAGUAUUUCUGUUAAGGAUUAAUAACCUUAACAUUAAAUACUAUUCUUAUAUAAAACUAUACACACAAUCUGUGAUAUAGACUUUACAAUUAUCACUAUCACAACUAGUGUGUUGAUAAGCAUCCAGUUUUAUUACAAUCAUCAUUAAAUAAAUAUAAAGGAGCAAAAAAUGAAACAAUGAAUCUUAUUGAUCACAGACGUCGGAUAUAAUGGUAAUUACAUACUCUUUUUUUUAUUAUUAUUAAUUUUUAUUAUUAAUAUGACCAAAUUCAUUUACUGUAAAAACGCAAAAAAAUGAAAGAAAUAAAAUCCAAUAAUAUU